CUCGGGUGUGUGGGCUGCGGAGAGCGCAGCGGGCACAGCUUCCCGGCAGGCUCUCUGGGCAAGCUGGGGUCUCCCGCCCCGCUCCGUGCUCCUUUGUCCAUUUCGGGCUGUGCCGAUCUUUGCUAUAUAUCAUGUUUCAGCUGCAUUCCGCCCAGUUACCCAGAAAUCAAACUCCGUUCCUUCAGAAUGUCUUCUUUUAGUAAUGGGCUCUCCCCGGAAAUCAGCAUCUAGGAAUAAUCGGCGCCUAGAAUAGGCUUUUACUAAGUAUCUGUCAUGCCUCGUUUUUGAGGGUUCGUGCAAGGACGGCAUGCUGCGUGUGCGUUACGAGUGUGCGUUGGGAAGGCACUUUUUGUCCCUGUGUUACAAAUGGGGAAACAGGCACAGGGAGGUAAGUUGCCCAAGGUCACGCACCUUGUAAGCAGAGCUGGUAGCCGAAUAUAUUCAUGUAACUGUAUCUAAAGGCGUGUCCACUGGGGCGUGAGCUUUCUUCUAUCUUUGUUUUAGGAAUACAUCUAUGUGUCUCUAUGGCUCUGUUUUUAUUUGACAAGUGUCUUGGUUCCCUGGGGCUGUCCUCCCAAAGUGCCCACAGAGUGGGGGGCUGGAAACGCCUGAGCCACUGCCCCACGGUCUGGAGCUGGAGGUCCGAGGUUGGUCCUGGGGCCGCGAGGCAGAAGCUGUCCCCUCCCCCGCUUCUGGAGGUUUCUGGCGAUCCCUGGCACUCCUUGGCUGGUAGACGUGUCCCCUGUCUUCACACGCGGCGUCUCCCUGGGUGUCCAUGCCCAAGAGUCUCCCUUCCGUAAGGACCAGGCAGAUAGGCUUAGGGGCCUCAGGAAUGACCUCACGUAAACUUGGUCGACUCUGUAAAGACCGUGUCUCCAAAUCACAUCCCGAGGCACUGGGGUUUGGACUUGACAUGUGAAUUUGGGGGGAUGCCAUGCAGCCUGGAACAAGUGUCAUAAGCUUUUGAUUUUACAGUUGAUAACCCACAUCGCAUGCUUGCCCCGGCAGCAUGACCUUCUCCUUUUCUUUUAAGAAGGAGGCUGUCUCUACAGAGCCUGGUGUCAGCAGCCACUUCUGUUCCGGCAUGACGUCCUCCCCGUCCGGACCACGCCAUCAGCUGCAGGCAUGCGAGGACCCCGCGCCCAGACACACGUCUGCCCACGGCCCUUCUGUUCUCUUGCAGGCGUCCUUCCCAGCAAACCUCCAGCUCGUCCUGGUUCUGCGCCCAACGGGGUUUUUCCAAAGGACUCUCUCUGACCUCGCGUUCAAAUUCAAUAGAGAUGACUUCAAGAUGAAGGUGCCGGUCAUAAUGCUGAGCUCAGUGCCAGAAUUACACGGUUACAUCGACAAGUCCCAGCUGACCGAGGACCUGGGUGGGACCCUGGAUUACAGCCACACCAGGUGGCUCUAUCACCGCACAGCGAUCGAAGGUUUCGCCCUCAUGGUUAAGCAGACAGCUCAGAUGCUACAGUCCUUCGGGACCGAGCUGGCCGAAACGGAGCUGCCCAACGACGUGCAGUCGACGAGCUUGGUGCUCUGCGCGCAUACGGAGAAGAAGGACAGAGCGAAGGAGGACAUGAGGUCGGCACUGGACGAGGGGCAGAGUAUCCUGGAGAACAUCAGGGAGCCGCUGGCCAAGGGCGGGGAGCAGAGCCUAAACCAGGACCAGCUGGAUAACCAGACCACUGUGCAGAGGCUCCUGGCCCAGCUGAGCGAGACCGAGGCUGCCUUCGAUGAGUUCUGGGCAAAGCAUCAGCAGAAACUCCAACAGUGUCUGCAGCUCCGGCAUUUUGAGCAGGACUUUCGAGAGGUGAGUGGCCGGAGCGGGGGCAGCUGGCCGUGGGCGCAGGAAGCCGGCGAGGCGGCCCAGGUCCACCCGCCGCUUUGGGCCGAGCUGCCCAGGUCUCUGUCCGCCACACGGAGCUGCGAGACCCAGUGGGACCAGACCCUGAAGCGUGUGGCCAGUGAGUCGUUGCCCACGCAGGUUCCACUCUCUGCCAUGGGCGUGCACUUCCUUGCGUUCCUCGUGGCCGAGUCCAGGAGCCAUCUGGACGCCCCCUCGCCCAGUGUGCAUCUGUCCUGUGCCGGCUCGCACGUCCCAGGUGCCCUGAACUGA